UCGCAAGGCCGCCAUAGUAUAACUCGUAGCAUUCUAACUAUCCUGGACGUUGCACAACUAAUUGCUUUUACUGUGUCGAAAACAUGGCGGAAAAUUCGAAGAAAACAAAGAAACUAAUUUCGAUCGACGCUAACCGUAUAGAACUAGGAGUUGGUAGCUUUGGAAACGUAUUUAAAGGGAAAUACAAAGGCCGUCCAGUCGCAGUUAAAAGAGUUUUACUACAAAAUUGGAGCAAAAAUGAAGAAGAAAACAUGCUGAAGUUGGAACACCCGAAUAUUAUCAAACUUCUUCAUUGUGAAAGUGAUAAAGAUUUCAGGUACUAUGCAUUGGAAUUAUGUGCCGCUUCGUUAGAUAAGCUGUUCUUAGAUUCGAAUCACCCCCAAAAAUACGACGGACCUAUGCCACGUCACAUCGAAGUUUUUCAUCAAUUAGCUUCAGGUCUCGAAGACAUCCAUUCAAAGAAAUUAAUCCAUCGAGAUAUUAAGCCGAAAAAUAUUCUCAUUUCGUUGCCAACUGCCGGCAAAAAUGAAGAGAUAACAAUCAAAUGGGCAGACUUUGGACUGUCUAGAACAGUCAACGAGCGGGGUACAUUCACCAUGAAAAGCGGAAUCAAAGGGACAAAAAAAUGGCUUGCUCCCGAAAUAUUGAAACUUUUGAAGACAGGGCAAGAGGGUCGCGGAGACGUAAGGGGCGACGUCUUUGCACUUGCCCUCGUUUUUGGAUAUCUAUUAUUGGACGGGCAACAUCUCUACGGUUCUACUAAAAAUAAAGGAGAAAUUAUCAAAAACGUAAUCGACGGAAAACCAAUCAACAUGCAGAAAAUUGACGAAAAAUUACGUGGCCUAUACGAGGAUGAACUACUUCAAAAGAUGUUGAAAGACGAUCCUACCGAAAGAAUGACGUCAACACAAGUUGUCGAUCAACUGAAAUCUAUCAAGGAAAAGCUUGCUACGAAAGAGAAUGAGUUACGACGACUAUGUGCUGAUGAUUCUACUAUUACUGAAAGCAGUAAACGGAAAAGUGAAGAACCCCAUCCAGAUGAAAAUGAGCAUAAAAAGAGCGGAUAAGCUACCUAAAAAUCUAGCUGAAAAGAUCGAACAGCCAUUUCCUCUUUCCUUGUUGUCAUUUAAAUCAGAUUUCAAAUAAUUAGAAUAUGAUUAGUCUUCCUUUAAAUCUGAUUGUUAAGGUGAACGAUUCAAUUCAAAAAUGCCCAAACGAAAACAUCUUAACUUUCGAGCUUCUUUCAAAGCAAAAAAAAAGUGCAUCACACCAUGAAAGAUGACCCUACUUAGAAAUCCAUCUCUUAAACUAUUAUCAUGCCUUCAAAUAUCAAUUUUGACCGCUUAAUGUUGUCCCUUUGAUGUGUAAACUAUGCGUUUAAGUGAAUCUUGCUUGCUACUCCUAACAUUUGAUGGUUUUCUUUUGCACUUAUUUGGUUGGCGCGUAGUGACUGGUGAGAAGGUGCAAUAUGGCGGUGAGACGAUUGUAGUUUUUCCCCCUCGCCAGUUGGCAAAUAACCAAAUAUGUAAUGACAAUUUUGAACCAAUUUAACAAAACUGUAGUUAACCACCUUGAAAAUAAAGUAAAAAAAUAAAUUACA